AUGUCUUCGGCCCACACGCCCACCUUUGAAGACAUUGCUCUCGAGAACCGAAAACGUUUGGGGCUAGUGGGUAAUCUUCCAAAGAACAGGGUCGCACUGCAUUCAUUGAUGCAGAUGAUGUCCUGCAUGGGGGAGUUGUCCAACCUUGCAUACAACAACGAGACCGCCUUGUCACCCUUUGAACAGGGUGAGGUCCGUGCUGUUGUGGGGAAGAUGGCUGUCUGCUUGGCCACCUUUGGUGAGGCAUUUGAGAUCAAUGUGGGCCAAGCUGCCAUAGACACACUUAGAGACUACUCCCAGAAGGCAGGCAACAGCGCAAUGGGACGAUCUCGAGUGGAGCAGAAGAAGUCUUCCUCGUCUAUUCGGGUUGAGGGAGAGGGAGCGGCGGAGGCGGAAGCAGGCAGUCGCACUCGUGAGGAGCCCAAUCUUCUGCUUUCCCCAACGUCCAACAGGGAGUUCUUUGGGUUUCUUGACGAGCUUGUCACCUACAGUCGGAGUGAUUUUGAAAAGGCUGAGCUGAAGUGGGUUGCCCCGUUGCCUGAUGGAACGAUACAAGACCUCAUUGAAAACGGUUCGACCAUCAAUGUGCAGUACAAGGACCUCCCCAGGUAUCUGGAGUGCGUCCAACGUUACCGCAACGCCCGCACAAGCGAAGCACACGGACCUAAAACAGACGGGGAACCUUUGCCCUCCGUACCAGCUCAGCGAGUCCGAAGCGCCUCAGUUCCUGUUGCGACGGGCAAGACACAGCAGGAAAAAGAGCCGCCAAUUGCCUCUCCGCACGCCGUGGAUGGAGGUCUGAUGAGCCCCAGUAGUUUGACCUUUCCAGCGGCAUCAGAUACAUCGAUACCCAAGGCAAACACGGGUGACUCAAUCUCCGCCGAAUUGGGUCCGUCAGAGGCAGACUUCUAUGCUAAGGUAGAUGGGCUAAAAAGAGGCCAAAUAACAGGGUCACAGAUUGCACAGCUUAACCUGACGUUUAGUGUGCCACGGAACGAUAGACUUGUGGAACUCAUUCCCAACGGUAUUCACGUCAGGGUGACAGCCGCAAACGUGGGAGAGUUUCUUCGCCUGCUUGGGGAUAACUCGGGGAUUCAAAGCGGCAGAAUCCGUCGCAUGGAAAGCAUAAAAAAACUUGAAGUUUCUGGUGCGGGCUCGCAAGACCUUUCGAGAGAGAAGGACAAAUUUUCCCCGACGCAUUUCUCAAAGGGAAUCUUUGCGCCGUACGACGAACGCACAAGUUUUUUUGUUGACGUUGAUGCUUCCGAUGAAGUCUUACCUGCAUUUAUAAAGGAGCGGGAGAGGCAGAAACGAGGGGCUGAAAGUCCGUAUGUGCGUGUUAUUCGUAAAGGCGAUCUGCAGGCUUGGAGGGCCAUCAUUGACGAGGUGCAGGAUGAUCCUUCCGCCGUAAACAAAUAUGGUGUUACUUUUUGCGUCCCUGCCGCGUUUGUCAGCCACGCGACUGAGGAAGAGCAGGCGUCAAAGGUGCAUGAAUUGAUCAAGGAUGGUGCCUCCACUCCCGUGGAGGAGUCGCAACGUUGGCUGUUCUCUAGACUGAUCGACCAGUUUUUACAUCCAACUGCGUAA